AUGUUGGCGAAACAUGCGGGGCAGGACUGCUCGGGGUCUGGACUUGGCAAGAUAGGCCGUGUCGUGUUGCUGACGGAUAGCACCUCGGCUCUAGGGAAGUUGGUGAACCGCUUGGACGUGACUAAAUUCGUCCCGGAUGCACGGCAAGCGAGACGAUGGCUCAGCUGGUUGAGCUGGGUCAACGAGUAUGAGCCGGCAGACGUCACCUUCUUCCACAUUGGGGGCACCCAAAAUCAACUGGCUGAUCUAUUGUCUCGGCUGGUGGAUAAUGGACGCCAGUAUAUGCCUGAAGGGAAGGAGGUCCCAGUGGCUUUGCUGGCAGGUACUGGUUCUUCGUCGGGCCAAUCUCAGAUUCCUCCUCCGGAAAUCCUCAGCAUCUUCUCCUCCGAGGGAUUUUUAGGAUCCGUGGCACAGUUGCAGCGGUCGGACGAGGCUACGGUUCUCUUUGGUCUGUCGUUAAGAAAGUGGCAUCAAUAUCUUGAUGGUGAUGAUGGCUCGUCUCUCAAUCAUCCCCUGGCUAAGGAGGCCGAGAAGCUGGGACUGGUGGCUCGGCAACGAGGGGUGAUUCAGGUAUAUGGAGACGUCGAUCUCUCGGACGGAGUCUGGGUACCUGUUAUCCCUGAAGGUCGUAGUGAUGAAUUCUAUCGGCUGGUGCGAACCAACUGCGAAGUGACUUGGGAUAUAAGGACGUGGGUUCUUUUCUGUUUUCAUGAGCUGGCCUCACACCAAGCUCCUUGGUCAAUGAAGAGUCAGAUUGUCCGGUUGGCCUGGUUUCCUCGGUUGGCGAAGGCGUGCCGGCUCUGGGUGGACAAGUGUGAUCAGUGCAUGGACACUAAAACGGCAGGUCGGUUGGCUAUGCUUACGGCUCCUAGGGUUCCGCGAGGUCUGAUCGACGGGAAUCAACGGAUGAAACACUUAACAAUUGAUCAUGGCUUUCCAAGCAAGGAUUGGUUGUCUCCUAAUGAUCCCGAUCUCACCUGUUUCUUGGUUAUAACCGACUCGGCCACUGGUUACUGUGUUGUGGCGGGAGCCCCAUCUACUACUACUGAGGUUACGCUGAAAUUGCUCUGGGACCGUUGGGUCGCUUACUUUGGCAUUCCUCUGAGCCUUAUGUCGGACAACGCGUUGGAUUCUCAGAUGAUGCGCCACUCUCUGGCUGCCACAGCCAUUCAGUACUUGCCGGUUCCCGCGUGGAGUCCGUUCUCAAAUGGUUUGGCGGAGGUGCGAGUGAAAAGGCUCAAGCAGAUUGUAUCGGUCAUGGAACUGCCUUGGGACGAGGCUCUCUGGUAUGCCCAAAUGACGGUAAAUUCUGCUGCCCGUGCCUCUGGGGCAAGUGCUGCGGAGCUGGUCAUGGGGAGUCGGAUAUUAACGCCCUCAGAGGCCUUGGUGGGUGCCAUGGUUCAGGCUGAAGAGAUGGACGGUACCACGGUGGAGGUGGAUCCAUCGACGGCCGACCCCACACACAUCAAGGAAGUCGUGACUCGUCUUUUGGAUCGUGAACGAGUUACAGUGCUUGAGACCCGCUUGCGGGAAUCAGUGCGAAGAGUGGCAUCAGGCCGAGGCCAUAAGAAAGAUGUCACAGAUCUGGAGGACGGAACCCUGGUGGUGUGGCGCCGCCCGGGCGCUCUGGACGUUGAGGGUCACGUGGUGAAAGUUCAGACGGUGGACGUCAACAGCGGUCCUUAUGUUUAUUUGGGGCGAAUGGCAGGGUUCUCUACUCGGCUUCGUCCGCUCGGGUCGAUUUCUGGUAAAACCAUUGCAGUUUCCCCGUGUCAUCUGGAGCCAAGGCGCGAAGAAGUGGAUCGUACUCGAGCUACGCCGUCGGUUGAAGGCACCGUGAAUCCCGCUAAGCUAAGGGAUGGAGACUGUGUACUGGUUCGUUUGUUGACGGGCGCGGAUGUACUGGGCUUGUAUGCGGGACCUUCCAUCGAUGACCAAAAGGCUGAAGGUCGGGUUCACGUACUGGACAGCGAGGAUGGUCGACAUUUUUACCCGGUAUAUUUGAAUCCCGACGGUACUACUCUCAUGGCGGAGACACCACCUCAAGGUGCUACUGCCCUUCUGAGAUCUUUUUCCAAGGUGAUGGCUUCGUUAAAGCUCACCUCUACGAGGCUAUUGUCAAAGGAUAGCCGCGAGACUCUUGUAACCCGCGGUUACUUGAGCGGAUGA